UUGCUGACGGUUCCAAUGACGUCAGGAAUGGCCUCGAGAUUCACAUUUCUUUUGACAAUGUCCAAAGUUACAGCCUCCACUAAUCUCUACUUAACCUACGAGAGGGAGAGACACGAAGGCGAUCGUGAACCGCUUUUGGUGACCGGGAGGAGAACCGGAGGAGUGAUUGCGUUCCGGGUUUUCGCUGCCUCGGUUUUCGGUUGUAUCUGUUGGAUUUGGUUCUACAGAGUGAGCGUACAGUUGGAGGUUGAUGACAACCGGACCGGUUUCGUUCGAUUCAUCUGGUUGGCUAUGUCAGUUUUGGAGGUUUGGUUCGGUUUGUAUUGGCUAAUCGUACAAUCUCUCCGGUGGAAUCCGGUUCGGCGAUUCACCUUCACCGAUAGACUCUCCCGGAGAUACGGAGACGACCUCCCGAGGUUCGACGUUUUCGUUUGCACGGCGGAUCCGGUGAUUGAGCCGCCGUUGAUGGUGGUCAACACAGUCUUGUCCGUGGCGGCUCUCGAUUAUCCACCGGAGAAACUCGCCGUGUAUCUCUCGGAUGAUGGUGGCUCUGAGCUCACGUUCUAUGCUCUCACGGAGGCAGCUGAGUUUGCUAAAAUUUGGGUUCCGUUCUGUAAGAGAUUCAACGUUGAGCCGAGAUCUCCGGCGGCUUACUUGUCUUCCAAGGCAAAUGGUCUUGCUUCUGCUGCGGCGGAGGAGGUGGCUGACUUGUAUAGAGAAAUGGCGACGAGGAUUGAAACCGCGACGAAACUGCGGCGAGUUCCCGAGGAGGCGCAGUUGAAGUACGGUGAUGGGUUUUCGCAGUGGGAUUCUGACGCUACUCACAGAAACCAUGGAACCAUUCUUCAAAUUUUGGUAGACGGAAGAGAAGAGAAUACAGUUGCAUUACCAACGUUGGUGUAUCUAUCUAGAGAGAAGAGACCUCAACAUCAUCAUCACUUCAAGGCUGGAUCCAUGAACGCACUGAUAAGGGUGUCUUCAAAGAUCACCUGUGGGAAAAUCAUUCUUAACUUGGACUGUGAUAUGUACUCAAACAACUCAAAAUCAGCACGCGACGCGCUCUGCAUCCUUCUUGAUGAGAAAGAGGGAAAAGAAAUUGCUUUCGUGCAGUUUCCGCAGUGUUAUGAGAACCUUACUAGGAAUGAUUUGUAUGGAAGCUUGAUGCGAGUUAUAUCUCAUGUGGAGUUUAAUGGGUUGGAUGGAAAUGGCGGACCAUUAUACAUUGGAACUGGCUGCUUUCACAGAAGAGAUGUGAUCUGCGGAAGAAAGUAUGGAGAUGAAGAAGAAGAAGAAGAUGAAUCUGAGGAGAUUUCAGAGCCUGAGAUCAUUAAGGCUCUCGCGAGCUGCACUUACGAAGAAAAAUCUCAAUGGGGAAAAGAGAUGGGUCUGAAAUACGGCUGUCCCGUAGAGGAUGUGAUUACCGGCUUAGCUAUUCAGUGCCGUGGAUGGAAAUCGGCGUACCUGACCCCCAAAAAUGAAGCUUUUCUUGGGGUGGCACCCACCAAUUUGCAUCAAAUGCUUGUGCAGCAGAGGAGAUGGUCAGAGGGAGACUUUCAGAUUCUGCUGUCAGAGUAUAGUCCGGUUUGGUAUGGCCGAGGAAAGAUCGGUUUAGGAUUGAUACUCGGCUACUGUUGCUAUUGUCUUUGGGCACCAAGCUCAGUACCAGUGCUUGUUUACUCUGUUUUGACUUGUCUCUGUCUCCUCAAAGGCAUUCCUCUGUUUCCAAAGGUCUCAAGCUUGUGGUUUGUCCCAUUUGGGUAUGUGACUGUCGCAGCUAAUGCGUAUAGCCUAGCAGAGUUCUUGUGGUGCGGAGGAACGUUCCGUGGAUGGUGGAACGAGCAAAGGAUGUGGCUUUACAGAAGAACAAGCUCGUUUCUUUUCGGAUUCAUAGACACGAUUCUGAAGAAGCUUGGGGUUUCGGAGUCUGCAUUUGCGAUCACAGCGAAAGUAGCAGAAGAAGAAGCAGCAGAGAGAUACGAGAAAGAGGUGAUGGAGUUUGGAGUGGAGUCUCCGAUGUUUCUCCUCCUCGGAACACUCGGGAUGCUCUAUCUCUUUUCCUUCUCCGCCGCAGCGGUUACGAGACUUAUGAUGACUUCUAUAGACGGUGGAGGUUUUCAGACCAUGGGUUUGCAGUUUGUAAUAACAGGAGUACUUGUGGUCUUAAACUGGCCUUUGUACGAAGGCAUGUUGUUGCGGAAGGACAAAGGGAAGAUGCCAAUGAGCGUGACAGUUAAAUCUGUUGUCAUAGCUUUAUCUGCCUGCACUUGUAUUGCGUUUUCCUUUGCAGAUACCUUUAUCUUCGAUUAUGAAACCAACAUCUCUGCAACGUCAUGUAUCAUACGCUUUUUCAUGUCCAAAGUUAUAGCCUCCACUAAUCUCUCUACAUAUACCAACGAACAAGAGACGCUUCUCUCUUAUCUUUCCACUUCCCACUCAAGAGAGCAAAAGAUGAGAAAAGAAGACGACCGGUUUAGACCGGCUCUCGGUGGCGAACCGCUUUUUGUCACCAGGAGUAAAACCGCAAGAGUAAUAGCGUACCGUGUUUUCUCAGCCUCGGUUUUCUUUUGUAUCUGUUGGAUUUGGUUCUACAGACUGACCGUACCGGUAGAGAUUGAUGAAAACCGGACUGCUUUCGCUCGAUUAAUCUGGUUGGUUAUGUUAAUCAUGGAGAUUUGGUUCGGUUUGUAUUGGGUAGUCGUACAAUCUCUCCGGUGGAGUCCGGUUUGGCGAUUCACCUUCACCGAUAGACUCUCCCGGAGGUACGGAAACGAUCUCCCGAGGCUCGACGUUUUCGUUUGCACGGCGGAUCCGGAGAUUGAGCCGCCCUUGAUGGUGGUUAACACAGUCUUGUCUGUGGCGGCUCUCGAUUACCCACCGGAGAAACUCGCCGUAUAUCUCUCAGAUGACGGUGGCUCUGAGCUCACGCUCUAUGCUCUCGCGGAGGCAUCUGAGUUUGCUAAGAUUUGGGUUCCGUUCUGCAAAAGAUUCAAUGUUGAACCGAGAUCUCCGGCUGCUUACUUGUCUUCCAAGGCAAGUGGUCUUGAUUCUGCAGCGGCGGAGGAAGUGGCUAGGUUGUAUAGAGAAAUGGCGGCGAGGAUUGAAACGGCGGCGAGAUUCCGACGAAUACCCGAGAAGGUGCGUUUGAUGUACGGUGACGGGUUCUCGCAGUGGCACUCUGAUGAUACUCGCAGAAACCAUGGAACCAUUCUUCAAAUUUUGGUAGACGGAAGAAAAGAGAAUACAGUAACAGUACCAACGUUGGUGUAUCUAUCAAGAGAGAAGAGACCAGAGCAUCAUCAUCACUACAAGGCUGGCGCCAUGAACGCAUUGAUUAGGGUUUCUUCAAAGAUCACAUGUGGGAAAAUCAUUCUUAACGUGGACUGUGAUAUGUACUCAAACAACUCAAAAUCAGCACGCGACGCACUCUGCAUCCUCCUUGAUGAGAAAGAGGGAAAAGAGAUUGCUUUCGUGCAGUUUCCGCAGUGUUUUGGGAACCUUACGAGGAAUGAUUUGUAUGGAAGCAUGAUGCGAGUAGGAGUGGAUGUGGAGUUUAACGGAUUAGAUGGAUAUGGCGGACCGUUAUACAUUGGAACUGGCUGCUUUCACAGAAGAGAUGUGAUCUGCGGAAGAAAGUAUGGAGAUGAAGAAGAAGAAGAUGAAUCUGAGGAGAUUUCAGAGCCUGAGAUGAUUAAGGCUCUCGCGAGCUGCACUUAUGAAGAAAACUCUCAAUGGGGAAAAGAGAUGGGUGUAAAAUACGGUUUUCCGGUAGAGGAUGUAAUAACCGGCUUAGCGAUUCAGUGCCGUGGAUGGAAAUCAGCGUACUUGAACCCGAAAAAGAAAGCUUUUGUCGGGGUGGCGCCGACCAAUUUGCAUCAAAUGCUUGUGCAACAGAGGAGAUGGUCGGAGGGAGACUUCCAGGUUCUGCUGUCAGAGUAUAGUCCGGUUUGGUAUGGCCAAGGCAAGAUCGGUUUAGGACUGAUACAUGGUUACUGUUGCUUUUGCCUUUGGGCACCAAGUUCAGUACCUGUGCUGGUUUACUCUGUUUUGACUUCUCUCUGUCUAUUCAUAGGCAUUCCUCUGUUUCCAAAGGUCUCAAGCUUGUGGUUUGUCCCGUUUGGGUACGUGACUGUCGCAGCUAAUGCGUAUAGCCUAGCAGAGUUCUUGUGGUGCGGAGGAACGUUCCGUGGAUGGUGGAACGAGCAAAGGAUGUGGCUUUACAGAAGAACAAGCUCGUUUCUUUUCGGAUUCAUAGACACGAUUCUGAAGAGGCUUGGGGUUUCGGAGUCUGCGUUUGUGAUCACAGCGAAAGUAGCAGAAGAAGAAGCAGCAGAGAGAGAUACGAGGAAGAGGUGA